GAAAAGCCCUUGCCGAUUGUACAUCAUGCCACCGAUUCGUAAGACUCCGAUGGCAUUAAAUGUUACUUCUUCUAUUUCAUCUCCAUCAGCCCUAUUUUACUAUCGAGCACAACAGGCUAAGAGACGAUUCAGAUGCCUCAAUUGCCAGCGGGAACUAUUGGCGACGCUGUAGGCGUGCUGUUGUUCACGUUUAUUUGCCUGUUUACCAAUAUUCUCCUCAUAUGGCUUUACUGGAUCAGUCACGAGAGGUUAAGCUAUGUUGCCUUAAUCGCGUACUUCGCCCUGUUGUGCACCAUGAGUAGCAUCGUGCAGCAGAUAUACAAUUACACCCUAUGGAAUGAUCUCAUGUGGGCUCAGCUUUACUAUAUCAAAGCGAACUAUGAGAAUGCCGAUGUCAUCUUCAACAAUGGCAACUUUGGGUUCAUGCGAGCUCUAGCGAUCAUCCGGCUGUUCUGCUACAUCAUAGAGUCCUCUUACCUGAUGACGUAUUCAAUCCACAUGGUUUUGACUAUUUACGGUUACUGGGGAACACGACGAUCUGCCGAGCGAGUCUACACUGUGGCUAGUAGGAUUGUGCCUUUUGUGCUGGACAUCAUCACCAUCGGGCUACUUCAAACACCCGCAGUUCAAAGAAGCUUCUUCGUGUAUAUGGUCGUAGCUAAUGUACAAGCUGUUGGGAGUUGUGCGGUUGGAAUCAUAGCCAUAUCCGUCAUCGUUUGGAAAUACGUCAACACGAAGCUCUCCUGGAAAUAUUUACCAAUUACGCAACAUUCCAGAAGAUGGAGUCUUCCUUUUAGGAACUCUAUGAACUCGGAUAACAAUUCUGGACCACGCCGUAGCCAAGUAACUAUAACCUUGCCAUCGGUAUUUGAUAGCAACUGGUUGGUGUUCCGACUCUUCACUGCCAUCAUUCUCAUAUCCGCAUUCAUAGUAGCGAGCAUAGUCACUCAUCUGCCCCAGCGCGAUGAUGUAGCCAGGGACGCUCAAGCAGACCAGCCUGACCUAAGCGCAGGACGCGCUAGAUCGAACAUUAUCGGAUACAUAUAUGGCGUGACACCUGGAUUGGCAAUAUGGAUAGUAUUUGGCCUUACUCGAACAUUCAGAGAGAUUAUGUACGAGCGGCUCGUACCCAGGAGAUGGCGAACGAAACAGCCGAAGCCCCUACCAUCGCCAGGAAACCCAUGGAAUGCUUCCCAUGAAAUGCAUCCUACAGACUAUAUAUCGGGAUCGAAUAUGACACGGGCUGCGAUAGGAGCCGAAUAUCAGUUGAAUGAUAUGCAUCGCGCAAAGGGGUCUUCGUCAUCAGAGCUUAGGAUUAAACCUUUACCAGUCAGCAAUCUAACUUCCUUGUAGGCGCAAAGUGAUCAGUUUAUGUCAAGCAGGAGUAAGAAUAUUUCGCGUCAGUAAUUUCUCUACUUUCCGCUGCAGCAAAUCAGCUUAUACGCAACGGUGGCAACGUAUUAUGAUGCCUUAAUGUUCACCCCAAAGUUAAUUGAAGCCACCCAACAAUAGGAUGUGCUGUCUAACGAGCAUAGCUAUCUCAAGGGUCGAAAAGCAAUUUCAGCUGAGGAUAACACAGCAUAUUAUUGCUAGAUUUGUCCUCUACCCUAAGGCAGGCUGGGAAGUUCGGCCGGCUGUAUGCCCGCUAGGAGGUGUUCCCCGGAUAAAGGGGGGGAGGGGGUACACUUAUCUGCAUAUGUAUCUUAUGCGAGUCCAUUCACCGAUUCAUAUCCCGAUGAAGCCUCCAACGUCCAUUAUCACCUUCAGCCGCAUCUAUGAGCACGGUCUAUUGUCCAAUAUUGGGGAAUCACUCCCGCACAUGCCCGUUCCUCAUUGCUUUAGUUUCGUUGGGUGUAUAUAUAACUAACAUCUUAUUGGCUGCUCA